AUGACAGCUUACCUUCCCCAAACCAAUGGACAAGUUGAGGUGUCAAAGAGGGAAAUCAAGCGCAUAUUAGAGAAGAUCGUGAAGCCUCGUCGCAAGGAUUUGAGUGCUAGACUUGCAGAUGCGCUAUGGGCUUAUCGGACUGCAUACAAGACACCCAUCGGAAUGAGUCCAUUCCUCCUCAUCUACGGAAAGGAAUUGGAGUGUCUUCGACUAGAAGCAUAUGAAAACUCAAGGCUCUACAACGAAAAGGUGAAGGCAGUGCAUGACAAGAAUAUCAUGAGAAGAGAGUUUAGGGAUGGGGAUUUAGUCCUCCUCUAUAACUCAAGGAUGAGACUCAUGCUAGGCAAGUUGAGAUCAAGGUGGGAAGGACCCUAUAAAGUAGAGAAGGCUGAGCCAUAUGGAGUCUUCCACCUGAGUCAUCACUCAAGCCCCACCUUCUUCAAGGUCAAUGGCCACUGCUUGAAGCUAUAUCAUGGUGAGAAGAUGAAGAACAACAAGGAGCUGAAGAUCUUCCUCCUGGAGGAUUCAGCACAAGAAGAGGACUGA